AAAGUAGGAAAAAAGAAAAUUACCCAAAAGAAGAAAAGCGAAAAGAAGCCGGCCGUUGGAUCAGAGCGGAUGCGCAUCACCUCCCUAGAGCACGUCGACGCACACUAAUUAAACGAAAAUCAUGUUCUCGAUUGAAUCCAUUUUAAAGUCUCAAAUCUCACAGAGAGUCAGAAUGCAGAUACAACACGUCCGGGACCUGUGCGCCGUACCGGGGGCCGCCGCCGAGCUUAACUGCACGGGCGACAUCCUGUCGGUGCAGAACCUGCUGCCACAGCUAGCGGCACCGGAAAACAAACCGCACCAGUGCCAGCAGUGCUUGAAGAGCUUCUCCUCCAACCAUCAGCUGGUGCAGCACAUCCGCGUCCACACCGGCGAGAAACCCUACAAAUGUUCCUACUGUGAUCGAAAGUUCAAGCAGCUUUCCCAUGUGCAGCAGCACACGCGCCUGCAUACCGGUGAACGCCCGUACAAGUGCCACCUGCCAGACUGCGGUCGUGCAUUUAUUCAGCUUUCCAACUUGCAACAGCAUUUACGAAACCACGAUGCCCAAGUCGAGCGUGCCAAGAGUCGCCCAUUCCACUGUAACCUGUGCGGCAAGGGCUUCGCUACCGAGUCCAGUUUACGGACCCACACCUCCAAGGAAUUACAACUACACCUGGGCGUACUGCAGCAGCAUGCGGCUCUGAUCAGCAACUCCAACAGUGUGACGUGCAAUGUGUGCAGCAAAAUUUUCCUCGGCGUCGAAGCGCUGAACGAACACAUCAAGUAUACACACAAAGAAGUGGCUGUCAAACGACGCGUGGCGAACCAUCCGUGCCCGAUGUGUGGCAAGCACUACGUCAACGAGGGCUGCCUCCGGAAGCAUCUGCUGACGCACCCGCGGACCCCGACAUUCCGAUCCAACUUGCAGAUGUGGCCGUGCUCGGUGUGCCAGGCGGUGUUCACGCAUGAAUCGGGGCUGAUUACGCACAUCGAGCACAUGAAGAUGGACCCGAAGCACCAGUUCGCGGCGCAGUACAUGUUCACCAAGGCCGUGGUGGAGCAGCGCGAGAAGGAAUCGGGCGCCGGCCUGGUGGGCAUGGGUGGCGUGGCUGGCCUCUCGAACCCGAUGGCCGCCGUCAAGGAGCUCACCCACAACAGCAUAUCGCCGCUCAACUACUCGGAAAACUCGUCCACGAUGGGCUCGGAGAAAAAUGGCGACGGUGGUGGUGGUGCUGGUGGGACGACGGGCGCCGUUGGGGAAGGGGGCAGCGGUGGUGGCGGCGGGGCGGGUGGUGGUGGUGGGUCCACGGUAUUCGAUAACCAUCGGUUGCCGAACCCGCACGGGCUACCGUUCGGUGCGACGCUCGGCGGCAGCAACGGUGGCGCCUCCGGGCUGGUCGGCGCCGGUGGUGCCGAAGGGGGUGCCGGUGGCGGUGGUGUCGGUGAUGGGCCGCUGUGUGGCGGGGGCGGAAGCGGCAACACGAUGGAUAACAAUAAUAGUCAAUUUUCGCGCAUGAUGAUGAUACAGGAGCCGAAGUUCGAGCCGGACCUGAUGCUGCCGGCGGACGGGACGCCGUCCGCCGUGCAGGCGGCCGUCGUCAACCUGGCGACGGCCAUGCGCAUCGGGCAGACGUUCAAGAACAGCUCCAUGCACGGGCACGGCGACCUGCACGGUAACGCGAACCUUGGUCCGUUGAAGAAGAAAAGUAAUAUGCUUAGUUUUAACGACUCCAAAUACCCACUAGCUAACCGUCAAAAAUAUCCCGUGGCGUCUACAGAGUCCCCGCUCGGUCAGAACCACUGUCCGGCCACCUCGGAGACGGCGAUACGGAUCCAGCAGGCGGAAGCGAUCCUGCGCUCGCAGGCCGAGGCCGCCCUGCGGCUCGCCGUCUCGCAAGCGCAGGCCGUCGUCUCGUCCAACGCCGGCAUCGGCAACGGCGUCGGCGGUGGCCUCGGCAACGGCAUCGGCGGUGGCCUCGGUGGUGGUGGCGGUGGCGGCGGCGGCGGCGGUGGCAUUGGUAGCGGUGGAUCCGCCGGCACCGGCGGCGUCCCGCUCGGUAGCCUGCUGGGGCACGGUAAUCCGCACGGCCCGUCGCUCGGUCGCUGCCACGACGACACGCGCUCGAGCGACACCUGUGCCACCUUCGAUCCGACGGGCGAGCACCUGCGGGCGGCCAUGCGCGAGCACCACCACCAGCAGCACCAGCAGCAGGCGAACGACGACUGCCACCCGUUCGCGCACAGCCCGGUGCAACGCAAUGGCCUAGACUUAACCGACGAGUUCCUAAAGAGUGAGAACGUGCUGAAGGGAUGAGUGUAGAGGCCGGGCCGGGCACGUCCUUGAUCUCGCCACACCAGCCCGUGGCCGGGCCGGGCCGGAACGGAUUUUCAUAGCUUUUUCCAGGAGCACCGUUUGUGAGAAGCACAGAAAGACACCGACAGAGAGAGAGAGCGAAAACGGGUGGUUGGUGGAGGGCGGGAGGAAGCGAGGAAGGGCGGUAGUGAAAAUGUAGCACAGAAAAGGGACUUUACCGGACGGACACACGCGCAUUUAUGGAGAGCAGGAUGUUGGAGCAAACGUGUGGAGCGCGGUACGGCCGAAAUCUUCCAACACGAACACACGCGGACGCACGCACACCUCUCUUCACCAGAUGAAACUUAUUUUUUUUGUCAUUAAACAUUUAUAUGUAAGAAUAAUAUCGAACGAGACGACACUGUGGGACUUGAUGUGUGUGAAUUGAUAAGUAACAUGAAUUACAUAUAUGAUCAAAAAACAAAGCAAACAAAAAAAACAACAACACAGGCGGAAAACCAAGAAAUUGAUCCCCGGCGCGCAUUAUGCCACCCCACAAGCAUACAAGCAUACGCUCAGACGCGUAAAUCAAAAGCAAAUCUGAGUAAAAGAAAACAAAAACCACAAAA